AUGCGUAGCAUCCGAAGUAGCCCCAAGCCACCACGAGGCAAGACAGUGAUGCUAAACUCGAGAGGACGCAGACGCAAAUUGCAGUGUUUGUCAUGUUGUCGAUUUGCCCUAAAGCCUAUUGAGGCUUCUCCUGAUGGCAAGCAGCUUAGAGUCCAGUUCUUCCGGUGGAAUUAUGUCCCACUCAACCUUCCAGGCCCACCGGAGGAGCCUGAUAGUACCGGGAUCUCGGCCUGCAGCACCCAGCUAGAUAAUAUUGAGAUAGGACAGCGUAUCCAGUGGGACGAUAUAAUCAUCUUUACCACAACAGAUCCAGAGAAGCUUCCCCUGCCGUCAAUAGGCCUGUUGGAUAUGCAGUGGGCUUUACAUAGACUCAAUGCCCUUAGCGGUGCAGCGGACGCCACUGACGCGGACCUGAACUGGAAUGAUACUAUAGGUCUAGGUCCACUCGACGAUGUUGGGAAGUAUGACGUCGGAAUUUACGUAGACCAGCCAGAAGAAGGCGAAUGGAGUACGUUUGAUGAAUGGGAGCAGCUGGAGGCCCCCAGGGCCCGGCCCCUUGCCCUGCGCCUGCGCAACUCCAGUACCCGAGUAGCAAAGCUUGGAAGGUUAAUGAAUCACGAAUUAUGA